AUCAAGCCUCACAGUCGGCACAACACGAUCCACAAUCUCACUCACUCAACGCCGCUUGAUAUAUACCACGAAUGACCACGGUUUCUGCCAUCUCUAUCUGGACCCGCCUCUCAUGACCUUAUUGAAAGAGCGCAAAUUUGUCGACUUGCGCUGGCAAGCCCGCACCAGCGAUAUCAACAAUGAAACCUGACGGGUCUCUGGAUGCUCCCUUCACCCUUGAAGACGAUGACCAGCCUAGUUAUGUACCUGAGCCUGCAGUGCGCCGGCGCCAUCGCCAAACGCUUGACCAAGAUGGGCUUGAGGAGAUCUCCGACGCGCAGCAAGCCGCAGCUGCAUGGAAGGAAGUCGCCGUGCGGAGACAAACGAAACAAAGACAGGGGAAAAACUUGAGCGAUGAUACGUCUGGAGGAGAUAAUAGUGCGAAGGAUAGCAAGCUCACAGACAAACCGCGAGACCGGACGUCGUCGUCCACGAAGUCUGUUGAUAUUGUUGAUCUUUUAAUCGAUGAAGACGAACCGCCAGUAUCCGGACAGGCAAAACAACCAGGCGCAAGUGCUAGAGUAAAUCAGCCUCCAAUUCAGGCACCACCGGCUCCUGUGUCUUCGACUACUACCCUUCACGAAGCUGUGCUUCCUGAGCGAGCUAAGCCUGCUGAGUCCCCUAAGAAAACGAGUCGGAUAUCCUCUCUCCCUAUGGAGUCUCUAGCAACUCCGGUGUAUAACUCUCAUCAUCCGCCUCUAUCAUCGGUUGCACGAACAGCGGGGCCAUUCACGGGACUCCCAGAGCCAUCAACAACGUCGUCUUAUCACUCACACUUUGUGCCUCGUCCAUCAGUGGCGCAAGUUACAGAACCAAAUACGGAGCUUUUCAGGGAAUCUUCAGCAUCUCCAGUCUACCAACCACAUUACCUGCCUCGGCCAUCAGUCGCACAAGGAGCGGGAUCAUGUGCGGAAGUCUCCGAGGUCGCGCCGCUGAACCGCUCGCCGUCAGCCACAUUAACACCCAGGACAGAACCGAGCGUUACCACUCAAGCGAUACUGGGACAUGAAAAUCGUUUCCUUCAGCCUACGUACUGUGCGAAAUCGGGCCUCGGAGCCUCAAUCGACCGUACAGCACCCAUCGUAGGCCAUGUCGUGGAUCCAUCGGCGCAGCCAACCGGUGAUGUCUCUGAGACUCCACAUGAACAAGCCCCUUUCAGUCGCGUGGAUGCAAUUCCCGAGUCAGACGAUGCAAGAUCGGAUGGCGAUAGCGGCAGCAUGACAAUCCCUCUGCCUAGGAAGUCGCCCAAGUCGAGCCUUUCGGCACUGCAAAGACUGCCACAGAAACAGAAAGCCAUUAAGUCGGUAAGACGAAGAAACUAUAGGUUCUCGGGGUCACACCUACCUAUUAGACCACCGCAUCAGCUUUCGGCUGAUCAUCGGGACGUAACAAACUCGUUUUUCAAGCCUCGCGACGUGGGCUUGAGCAGGUCAAGGUCUAGGUCGCCUGCGGUAACGCGCCGUAGCCAAAGCAAAACCCCGACGAUAGAUACUAGUACCAUUGCUGAUAGCGUGCCUGCGCAGACGGAGGAAGGAUCCGUCAGGGCUGCAAGUCCUGUAGAACGCAGCACGACGCCGACACAACCGCCACCACCACUUCACGAUGAGGCAGGCGGACCUGCACCUGGGCGUGCCAUCAGCUCGACGCCUUUACUGUCCCGUUCUGCCACCCCUACUGCCUUGCGCCCUGUCGAGGCACCAUUAGAGCCGAUCCGGCCCUCUGCAGCGCCGGUACCGGUCCUCGAAAUUAUGACCCCAGAUAUUCCAGCUUCGGCAACAGUCGUCAGUACUCAUAAGAAUAUCCAACCCGAACACCUUGGGGUGCCUGUCGAGAACAACGGCGGUAAAUCAAGCAGGAAGCUUUCAUUGCAAGCGGAUGUGCUCGCCACUACACGCUCAGCUGUAGAAGAGUGUUUGAAACGCCAUGUUGCGGAACGCCAUGAAUUACAUGCAUACCUGAUGGAGACCAAGAUGCGGAAUCAGAGGACUUUUCAAGAACAAGACCUACGUGCCCGGCCCCGUAAGCAGAAGCGUCCACAACAGCCCACCCUACCCGAAAAGUACAUCCAGAAGACUUCGCCCUUUGAGAACAUGCGUGCUAUACAGGUACCGUUCGACAGAGCCAGCGCCAAGCGCCUCGUGGAUAUGAGUCAGGAAACAUUCAUCAAGGCCAAACCCAAGGACACAGUGAUCAAGUCAGGCUUAGCCGCACCUACUACAAAGUACAGGAGUGAUGCGCCAAAAAUUCCUCCUUUCAAAGAGUAUGUCAGUCUGAGGAACAACGUUCUUGCGGACAAUGAGUCGAAGUUACUCGCAACACCCUAUUUCCAGGACGAAGACUAUCGCGGCCGCGAGGUUCUGCUGGAUACGCUUCCGUAUAUAUACGAGAUGACGCAUGACGAGAGGGGGCCGCUAGACUUUCGCAAGGAACAGUGCCGGUUCUAUGAAAAAGCCAUCGAAGCAUUUCUGUCUGAGAUAGGCAUCACGUGGAACGAUAUCCUGUAUUGGUUACUGGCCCAGGAAGAAGACAUUUCACGAAUUAAUAACUCUCUAGAUGGCAGCAGGCAGUUUGAAACACAGCUCCUCGAAAGAUCACGAUAUCACGUUGAGGAGUUUGAGAGAGACGGGGAGCCGAAGAAAGCCACCCUGUUUGACCGGAACGAUAAGAAGUGGGAAGACUUUGUCGCAAAGCUUGAAGAGCCUAUACCGAGUGUUCUGAGACUUGCGGCAACAGCUUCUGCAGCGGUGUUCAAAGAAUGCGAGUUCAGCAUCUGGUACCUGGCUCAACAGUCCAAAGCUGUACAGAGUCUCAUACGGAAGAAGACUGCACAUGAGCAGUCUUGCAAGCACUCAACAUACAAUAAGAUCAUGUGUAGAGUAUGCCAUAGACACAAUUGCCUUCUCCAUGGUGAGAUCAGACAAGUUCCUGAGGAUUCCUGGAAGACGGACUCGGAAGACGAAGAACGCGCCACACAGGCGACUGAUGAUACCAGUCGUCGAGGCUCCGACAACAGAACUCCACGCCGUGUAUCGAACUUUAGCAGAGACGACACAGACGAUGAGAACGAACCCGACGGCCCCUUGCCCGCACAUUUUGACUCCGACUCCGACAUUGAGAAGGUCAUAAACUAUAAGCUUCCUACAAAUCCAAGAGCUUUCGAAACUUGUUCAGAGACAGAGAUGGUCACCCCCAAAGGUGCGAAACCACCACCUGGUAAGUUUAAUAGCACUUGGUGGCUGAACCAGGACACAACGCAACAUUGGGAGAAGAGGAAGCCUUUUUUCCCAUGCAAGCACGAAGGCAGCUGCGAGAACGCGAAAUGCCGGUGCUUUAGAGAAGGCAUCAAUUGUGAGAAAACAUGCAAGUGCUCGCACUUCUGCAAUCGACGUUAUCCUGGUUGCAGUUGUGUAACAGCGUCGGGAAAGCGCGUGUGUCUUACACAGUCAUGUCUCUGCGUCAAAUUCAACCGAGAGUGCGAUGCAGACCUUUGUGGCUCUUGCGGAGCAUCUGAAGUCCUUGACCCGGUGAAUCGUUAUAACGAUGAAGUGGUACAACGCAACUGCUGUAAUGUUGCGAUACAGAGGGGUGUUCCUCGGAAAACAUUGCUCGGUCAUUCGGAAGUGCAUGGCUUUGGGCUCUAUAUGGGCGAGGACAUCAAGAGUGGCGAGUACAUUGGUGAAUACACCGGUGAGGCCAUCUCGGUCAAAGAAGGCGAUCGCCGAGUGACGAUAUACGACUACCAGAAGACGAUGUAUCUGUUCCGUCUAAACUCGAAGCAAGAAGUUGAUGCGACGUACAUGGGUAACAAACUACGCUUCAUCAACAAUGCCGACGACAAGUACACAAACUGCGGCCCUAAAAACCUGCUUUGCAAUACAGUCUUUCGCAUUGCGCUCUUUGCCACGAGAGACAUCAAGGCGGGUACUGAACUGUUCUUCAACUACAAUUAUCCCAAGGAGAAGACGGAGCAAUUCAAACAGCCGAACGCCAAGGUCGUCGCAGUCAAACAGACCAAGCAAAAGACGAAGAAAAGGGAGUCACUCACUAGUCUGAGCCAGCCCAUCGAGGACCGCUCACGUAUUCUUGCCGCCACAGCAAAAGCCAGAGAGGCAAAAGCCGCGAAGCGGAAAGCGGCCAUGCUGCAAGAGGGCGGCGUGGAGCCAGCCACGAGAAGGCGCUCUGGAACACUUCAAGCACGAAAGGCAGCUACGAGCAAACCCGGACGCAAGACAGUGCGAAAGUCCAAGCGCGGAGGGCUCAAUAGGAACGAGUCCACAGGUUCAGAUACAGGUAUGGAUGUAGAGGCAAGCGACCCCGAAAUCCCCGACAUCCCUCCCGUCAUUGAGUCGCAGAGCACCCAGACUAGUCUGUACGUCCAGGACACGGAGGCGGAAGACGACGAGUUCAUCUUGCCGAAUACCCAAGAAGACGAGGAGCAAGAUGUGGCUGAGCCGGCCUCCGAGGAUGAUGAACCGCCCGGUCGAUCCACGAGGUCUCGUCGUGGGCCGGGUCGACCACGUAAGAGGGGGUCGGAUCUGGCGCCGGUGGUGGCGGUUAAGCAGGCGGUCAAGCAGAAGAAGUCGAAGAUGGGUGGUGCACGACCGGGUGCUGGUAGAAAGAGAAAACGACCCGUCAUCGCUAACAGCGAUAAUGAGUGAGACCUCUGCGCCAGUAGUUGGGAAUGUACAUUACUGGAAGGAUGUGAGGGACGACAUGAGUGGGAUGUCUGUUGGGUGUUCAUUUUUGUGUUUAAUACCCCAUCCUAUAUUGAUUGAAGCAAAUUAUUACUAC